ACGUGACGCGGCGAAAAGGGGCGGGGCCAGAGGGCGGAAGUCGCGCGGCGCUAACGGAGCCCGGACAUGGCGGGCGUGAAAGCUCUCGUGGCGCUGUCGUUCAGCGGAGCCAUCGGGCUGACGUUCCUCAUGCUGGGCUGCGCCCUGGAGUACUACGGUGUGUACUGGCCCCUGUUUGUGUUGAUAUUUUACUUCAUCUGCCCCAUUCCCCACUUCAUUGCCAAGAGGGUGGGUGAUGACAGCGAUGCAGCCAGCAGUGCCUGCAGGGAGCUGGCUUAUUUCUUCACCACGGGAAUUGUUGUCUCUGCCUUUGGAUUCCCCAUCAUCCUUGCACGGGUGGAAGCAAUCAAAUGGGGAGCCUGUGGCCUGGUGCUGGCUGGCAAUGCAGUCAUUUUCCUUACUAUUUUAGGCUUUUUCCUUGUGUUUGGCAGAGGAGAUGACUUUAGCUGGGAGCAGUGGUAGGAGCUCACUGUGGUGCUGGUAAUUCUGAAUAUUUUACAGCUUUUUCCUCCCUGUUCUGUGUGUAUGUAUAGAUAUUAUAAUGUGUGUGGUCUGUUAUCCACGUGGCUUUACAUUAUCACUGCAUCAUUUGCUCUUUUAAAUGCUCUUCAGCCAAAGGGACAGUGCUGACAGUUGGCUUGAAGUAGUCACUAAAAUCUGGAAUUAUUGUGAAUUUAUCCUUGGAAAAGUUUACAAAACAGGAGCAGUUUUAUCCAUUUUUCACUGUAUUUGCAUUAAUUUUUGGUUUAAUUGCAUUGAGCCAUUGGUCACUAUUCCUGUUGGGUUUUUAACCAUAUAAUAUAAAAAUUAUCCUAAUGGGGAUUGUUCAACUUGAUCAAUCUUUCUGCUUUAAUUAGGAUGAGUUUGUAUUUCAUUAAUUGUAAUUUGAGAAAAAUUGUAAUUUUUCUUACUGGCAUAAAGCCAAAUAUAAGUGAUGUCAACUCUUACUGCCUAAUGAAAGCAAAAGAAAAUAACCCUGGUUAAAAACCCUUCAAUUUAUUUUUAUUUAAAGAUCAUUUUCUUCCCACAGAGUUAUUUUCUGUCCCUAUUCAAUUUAAAAAUGGUGGCUAUAUUUGAGGAAUAAUAUAUUUUAAUGCAUCUUAAGGCUGACAUGACUUCUGUGAAGGUUCACAAAAGGAGAAACUACCCUCAGGACAGUUAAAAUCACAAUUUAGUGUUCAGCUCUGUAUUUUUAUGGGUGUGAACUGCAAGGAAUUGAGUGUUCUGCUGGGUAGAAUUUCUUAUUUUCUCCUUGCUUUUAAAACAAACUUCAACUCCUACUUUUUGGUCUGGAAGAAGGUUGUUAUUACAUUAAAACACUAUAUUUUUAACCAGCAUUAUCCGAGUAAACAUUCACAUAAUCACACUUAAGGAAAUAGAAUUUUAUUACUUUAAUAAUGGGAAUGGUCAGUAAUUAAUUAACUGAACACUCUGAAAUGGGGACAGAAAUAAUUUUGUGGUCCCCAGUUGUGGGCUAUGGAAUGGAAAGUGGGGAUUCAGGAAGGUUAAUUCCAAUGGAAAUUUCAGAAGGAACAGUUGAGCAGCUGUAUUUUAUAUUUGAGGGGUUCCAGGUUGUCUCCUGCUAAAAGAGGAAUUAACAUUAAUUUUACUGACAGAUUUUUUUCUGGGUGUUAAUGCUCCAUCCAAGACAUAGCAGGAUAAACUUACAAAAUCCUGGGAAUAACAAAUUAUCUGAGUGUCUUCCUGCUUUUGAUGAGAUCUGUUGGAGCUGGAAAUUACUUAUUUUAAUGAUAAACCAAAAUUUUCAGAUGAAACAUCAUUUCCAUGUUUAAAUCCUGCUUUGAUUUUAAAGAAAAUGCCUUUUUUCUCUGUACAGUGGCAUUUUUCACUCAAUAAUGAAGUAAAAGAGUGAAAUAAAACCCAGCCAGUGCCUGGUGAUAAAUCCUUAAUGCCAUUCUAACAAUUCCAUUUAACUUCUCUUGGAUUUGGGUUGGAUUUUACUCCAUUUAUGUACCAAAGGCUGCAAUAGAAAUCUACAAAACUACUCAAUUACUGAUGGAGUUUUGGGGAGGAAAACCAGCUGAGAUUGAAUUUUUCCUUAAAAUAAAUCAUUCUUUGUGGGCUCUGCUGCAGUGUGGGACAGGAGCAGUGAACAAGGACAAUCUGAAGUGACCAGGAGGACCAAAAAAAUGCUGUUUUAGGUUGCUUUUUGCCAAAUUUUUCCCUUGUACUGUAUCCCCUUUGGGCUGUGGUUGGUGGGUACCUCAUGGGUGUUGAGUGGAGAAGGUCAAUGCUUUUUUAUUAUUAUUUUUAUUAUUAUUAUUAUUUGGAAGUAGCUAUGUGCACUAAUCCCUAAUGUGAAUUUCAUGCAGUUUUCCCAUGGACUUUACAUUUAAUGUUUAAAAUUGUGUUGAAAUCAUGGAGAUCUCCCUUAACCUCUGUAAAGUAAAUUUCUUUGUUAUCAAAUAUGGUAAAAAAUAAUAUUUCAGUGAGGUUUUUUUCUCCAGAGCUUCACUCCCACUAAGCUCUGAUGGUCUGUACUGGGAAUUCUGUCCCAUCCCUCCAGUGGGAAUUUCCUGUGCUUUCUCUGGAAUGGUUUUCCCAUGUGGAAGGGAAUACUGUGUAUCCAAAGUGCCUUAAUUUCCACACAAUGCUGAUUUUUGGGAAUGGCAACAUCAGUGCUCCAGAAUCAGCUGGAAAUCUGCAUUUUCCAAAGCUUCCUUGUCAACUAAUCCUGUUUCCUGCCAUUGGGAAUGCAGUGCAGCUUUUGUACCUUUUUGUAAAAAACCAGUUUUUAUCUCCUGUGAUUGCCAUUUCCUUGAGAUCAUGAAGUAUUAAAACAUGGACAUUCAAAUAUAUUCUACUUUUCUUUCCAAGUUGCCUACUAAAACUGACUUUUGGAAAUGUCUAAUAAACAUAUCUGAUGCUUAAA